AACUCGGGCCUCAGGAUGACUUCUCCCUAUCCUGUCACUUCAGUUCCUUCAACACCUUCAGAAAAAAAUGGAAGCGGGACAUUUAAGGUCUGUCAGCCCCAAGAUCCUGUUCUGCAUUCGGAGUGUUUUCCCUUUCUCAGGUGUGAUAAGAGCAACAGUAGUUACAGUGUCAUUCUGGAAGUCCACAUUCUGAAACUGCUGCUGAUGGUUCUCACCUCUUCCCCACAGCUUGACAUAUGGUCCAAAUCCAACUAUCAAGUAUUCCAAAAGGUGACAGACCACGCCACCACCGCCCUGCUCCACUAUCAGCUACCCCAGAUGCCCGACGUCGUGGUCAGAUCCUUCAUGACUUGGUUGAGAAGCUACAUAAAGCUGUUCCAGGCGCCCUGCCAGCGCUGCGGGAAGUUCCUGCAGGACGGCCUUCCCCCCACGUGGAGGGACUUCCGGACCCUCGAAGCCUUCCACGACACCUGUCGCCAGUGAGCCCUCCCAGCCCCGAGCCUGCAGACGGCCCCGGCAUCUUCCCCCCAGCUGCAGUGAUCCCCGGCCCUCUCACCACCUUAGCCGCCCCAGCUGUGUCCCGCUGCCCACCGCUCCGGGUGGGGACUGUCACAUCAGCACAUUCUGCUCUUCCUGUGAGCCAGGACACCAGCGAGGCAAUCCUCUGUGUCCCUAUCAGAGCCAUUUUCAUGGCUGUCACCUGCAUGUGCCCCUGUGCUCGUGUGCAUUGUCUUGCUGGGGCUGAGGGUUUUCUGGUUUUGUAACUUAUUUUUAUAAACAAUAAACCUUUUGUACCCAGAGCAA